GCAUCAGUCCUUUGCUAUGAUUUCCGUACCCAAACCUCAAACACCAAAGUUCAUUUUGUAUGUUUUUCAGGACCUGCUUCUUUCUUUUUCUGUCUGUAUGUCAUCUGUAUGUUUUUGUUUCUUUAAGGCGACCACAUGCUUCAGCAUCAUUUCCAGUUUCUCCUGAAGAGGAAUUUGGCACAUCAUUGUGAUAAAAGGGAUGAAUGAGGGCCGCUCUGCUGCCCUCCUGAGAAGGUGCCACCUUGCCUUGUCCAAGGCCGACACCCUUGGCUCUGCCUCUUCCAGAGCUACUCUCUCUGUAGAUGCAGGUGAUGGUGCGGCCGCUCAGCCUGAGGGCGAUGGAGCGUUCCCCCUGUCUGACAUCUCAGACUUGUUUGAGAGCGAGGAUGGCUCCCCGGCAAUUCAGGACAUCAGUCAGGAGCUGGUUCCGCCCGGCCAGCCUGCAGACAGCAGGCAGAACCUACGGAUGAAGUUCCAGGGUGCUUUCAAGAAGGGCAUUUCCAACCCCAUGGACCUACUGGAAUCUACCAUAUAUGAGUCAAAUGUGGUUCCAGGUCCAAAGAAAGCACCCAUGGACUCCCUCUUUGACUAUGGUACCUACAGGAACACCAGUAACCAGAAACGACGCAGGAAGAAGCUCCCAAGAGGUGACAAUGAUCCAAGUCCAGACCCACCAAAGGUGAUGAAAAUAUUCAACCGCUCUCUUCUCUUUGACUGUGUGUCACGUGGUGACCCGGAGGCCCUCGAGGGCCUGUUGGAGUACCUGCAAAGUCACGAAAAGAGGUUAACUGAUGAGGAAUUCAAAGAGCUGUCCACCGGUAAGACAUGUCUGCCUAAAGCCCUGUUGAACCUUUAUGGUGGUCAAAACGACACCAUCCCGCUGCUGGUGGGCAUAGCAGAGAAGACUGGAAACCUCAGAGAGUUUAUCAAUACUCCCUUCAGGGAUGUCUACUACAGAGGUCAGACAGCGCUCCAUAUUGCUAUAGAGCGACGCUGUAAGCAGUAUGUGGAGCUGCUGGUGGAGAUGGGAGCUGAUGUUCACGCCCAAGCAAGAGGACGCUUCUUCCAGCCCAGGGAUGAGGGGGGCUACUUCUACUUUGGUGAGCUGCCUCUCUCUCUGGCUGCAUGCACGAACCAGCCUGACAUAGUGCACUACCUGACUGAGAAUCCACACAAGAAGGCCGACCUGCGGCGCCAGGAUUCCCGCGGAAACACAGUGCUGCAUGCCCUGGUUCACAUCGCGGACAACACCAAGGACAACACUCGUUUCCUCACAAAGAUGUAUGACCUGCUGCUAAUCAAGAGUGCCAAGCUAUACCCAGACUGCAGCCUGGAGACAGUGUUCAAUAAUGAUGGCAUGUCACCUCUCAUGAUGGCGGCCAAGCUGGGCAAGAUAGGGGUUUUUCAGCACAUUAUUCGACGUGAGAUCAAAGAUGAGGAAGUACGUCAUCUGUCACGCAAGUUUAAGGACUGGGCUUACGGACCGGUGUACUCCUCCCUCUAUGACCUGUCUUCACUGGACACCUGUGGAGAGGAACCUUCUGUGCUGGAGAUCCUUGUCUACAACAGUCGCAACGAGAACCGCCAUGAGAUGUUGGCAGUGGAGCCCAUUAAUGAGCUGUUGAGGGCCAAAUGGCAGAAGUUCGGUGCUGUCACCUUUUACAUCAGCGUGGUUUCCUACCUCAUCACCAUGAUCGUCUUCACCCUUGUGGCUUAUUACCAUCCAGAGGGAACGCCCCCAUACCCCUACAAAACAUCCACAGACUACCUGCGGAUGUCUGGAGAGAUCCUCACAUUAGCAUCAGGAAUCUUCUUCCUCCUCACCAAUAUUAAGGACCUCUUCCUGAAGAAGUGCCCCGGGGUGAAGUCUUUAUUUAUUGAUGGAUCCUUUCAACUGCUGUACUUCAUUUACUCUGUACUCAUCAUAGUCACAGCUGCUCUCUACCUGUCUGGCAUUAAGGCCUAUGUGUCUGUGAUGGUGUUUGCACUUGUCCUCGGAUGGAUGAACACCCUUUACUUCACCAGAGGUCUGAAGCUCACUGGCACCUACAGCAUCAUGAUACAGAAGAUUCUUUUCAAAGAUCUUUUUAGAUUUCUACUGGUCUAUGUGCUCUUCAUGAUUGGAUAUGCAUCAGCCCUGGUGUCCCUGCUCACCGUGUGUCCUCCGCCGGGCUCAGUGUGUGAUGGGGACUGCCCCACCUACCCCAAUUGCAGGGACCCAGACACCUUCAGUACUUUCUUGCUGGACCUCUUCAAGCUGACCAUCGGGAUGGGAGAGCUGGACAUGAUCCACAGCGCACAGUAUCCUGCAGUUUUCCUUAUCCUGUUAGUUACAUACAUCAUCCUCACCUUUGUGCUACUGCUCAACAUGUUGAUCGCUUUGAUGGGGGAGACAGUGGGACAGGUGUCGAAGGAGAGCAAGAAGAUCUGGAAGCUUCAGUGGGCAACAACAAUCUUGGACAUUGAGCGAUCUUUCCCAGUCUGCCUUCGCAAGUCCUUUCGAGCUGGGGAGAUGGUGACUGUGGGGAAGAACAGCGAUGGUACACCUGACCGACGCUGGUGCUUCAGGGUGGAUGAGGUGAACUGGUGCCACUGGAAUCAAAACCUGGCAAUAAUCAACGAAGAUCCAGGCAAGAAUGAGACCAGUCAAGUUAACGGGUUGCAGCAGAGCGUCAGAGCCUUGAGGAGAGACCGCUGGUCCACAGUCGUCCCGCGGGUGGUGGAGUUAAAUAAGGGCCCACGGCCUCGUGAUCUUGUGUUAGAGAUGGAGCCGUUGACAGCCAGGCACUGACGCCUGCAGAGGACUAGCGCUGUCCUUCUUGCAAAGAGACAGCAUAGAGCCAUCAGCAUCAGGGAGAUCACUCUGCUGGGGACAAUUUGGCCAAUAAGUGCACUAAUUUGCACAGAUCUCAUGUGCCUUUUGUUCAGAGGAAGUGUAGUAAAUAUUACAGCUGGACAGAUGGAAGACUGAGCACACAAAAAGACACUGGAUGUACAAUGUCUUAAAGAAUGACCCAUAUGAAAAACACUAAAUAGAUUUGAAGAUAUUAAC